UCGCUUCUAUUUCGCUGUGCUUGUACUUCCUGUUUGUCACAGCGACUUCCGCAGAUGGAUUGGCUUUUGUUGUGCAGUGACUGAAAGGGCGUGCGUUCAUGCACGAGCACUUCAAACCGCACUCGUGAGGAAAAAAAGGGAGUGUCGGCGAAUAAAGCAACGCCAACCAUCCACAAAGAUUCAUACCUGACGUUUGCAUCAAAGGUUGCUUUGGACAAAAGGUUGCAAAUCCACACUCAGAAUGAGUUGCACGGAGCAAGGUGACGCUGGGAAGUUUCUGGAGAGGUUUCUGGAGGAGUUUGUAAACCCACUUGGCCCAGAGGACCCUCUUCCCGUCGCUCCACUCAGCCGUAAAGUCACAAUGCAGGAGGUGAAGGGAGAGAGUCUGGAGCUGGGCCUGCGACUGCUCUCAGCCAGAAAUGCCCCAUCCUGGCUGGGUGCAGCGAUGUGCAAUGCUGCCGUCACUGAAUUACUUAAAGAUGACCUUUCACCUCACUACUGCCCCAAAGAUCCAGAACAGCAACCAGAGGAUGAACAGGAAGUUGUUUUGUUACAGUCUGAGCCAUUGCAGCGCCUCUUUAUCAAUAACUUGAGAGAGGUGUGUAUGGCUUGGCAGAAACAGCUGCCCAGUCCCGGGUCGUCCUCAUUACAGACACACAGCUGCUCCAUUCAUGCCAUUCGUAACACUCGCAGGAAGAUGGAGGACCGUCACAUCAUCCUAAGAGAGUUUAACCAGCUUUUAGGUCUGCAGGAUGGUGUAGAUCGAGAGUAUUACGCUGUGUUUGAUGGACACGGAGGGGUGGAUGCUGCCACAUAUGCUGCCACUCACCUGCAUGUCAUACUGAGCCAGCAGGAGGAGCUCAAAAGUGAUGCUGCCACAGCCUUCAAAAGCACCUUCACACAAACAGAUGACAUGUUCAGAAUCAAAGCUAAGAGAGAGCGUCUGCGCAGCGGCAGCACUGGUGUGGCGGUCUUACUGACCUCUGAUCACCUGACCGUCUCCUGGCUGGGCGACUCUCAAGCUGUGCUGGUUCGACAGGGAGAACCAGUGACCCUAAUGGACCCACACAAACCUGAGAGAGAGGAUGAGAAGAAAAGAAUCGAGGAUCUGGGUGGAUGCAUUGCAUUCAUGGGUUGUUGGCGGGUAAAUGGGACCUACGCUGUUUCCAGAGCAAUAGGUGAUUUUGACCAGAAGCCGUACGUCUCUAACGAAGCUGAUUGCUCCUCGAUCCAGCUGAACGGAAGUGAAGAUUACAUUCUGCUGGCUUGUGACGGCUUCUUUGACGUGGUUCGGCAGGGGGACGUCCCGGGGCUGGUCCUGGAGGCCCUGAGGGAGACCGGAGGCUCGGGGGACGAUGUGGCCCAGACUCUGGUGGCCCAUGCUAAAGCUGCCGGAUCCAGUGAUAACAUCACGGUUCUCUUGGUGUUCCUCAAGGAUCCUCAGCAGCUUCUGACCUACGAGACGAGCUCCAGAGCAGAGCCCGGAGGAGCCACGGCUGCAGCCACAGAGAUCUGAAUAGGGGUUAAUAGGAAGAAAUUGUCCAUGAUAGAAGCAAACCAGGGGACCAAUAGCAACUGAUGGUCUUUUUACCAUCUGGAAUGAUGUUUUUAAAGGUGUUGCAUUUGAAAAGAAUAUGCGAUUGUUGAGGUCAUCCGAAACGAGUCGAGUCAUGCAUUCAGAAGAAAGCAUCGAACGCAGGUGAAAGGCAUUUCCUCAUUUUUUUCAAGAAUGUCUGAUAUCUGGUCAUUUAUUAACUCUCUUUGUUCCUACGUUUGAACUUGCCUUUACUUUCAAACGUUUCUAACUAUUUGCCUUGUUUUUACCAGCUUAUAUUUACAUUUACUGGUGCUUAAAGAAAUAGUUCACCUAAAAAUAACAAUUCUUUCGUCAAUCAAUUAGUCAUUCCAGACCUGUAUUACUUUCUUUCUUUUUUCUGUGGACUUUAAAAGAAGAUAUUUUGUUGGUAGAAGAAUGUACAAUGCGUUUCCCAUUGAUGUCCAUUGUAUGCAGUAGAAGUCAAUGGGAACCAAAUCAGUUUAGUUAACAACAAACUUCAAAAUAUCUUCUGUUGUGUUCAACAGAAAACAAGAAAUACAUACAGCUUCGAAACACCAUGAGGGUGAGGAAGUAAUGACAGGAUGUACAUGUUUUGGUGGACUAUUUCUUUAAUAUCUCAUAAUAUACCUUGCAGACAUGCGUAAAGCAAAUGCGUUUCUUUUUUUCUGAGUGUAUUUUGUUGGUCGCGCUUCCUAUUUGAUACGACUGUUACAGUGGAGGGAAAACCGAUGUGAAUAGUCUUAACACAUACAGUAUUGCGUUGCAUUUCUGACCACACUGGCUUCGAUAAUGAAAUAACCGACCAUAAGGCCUUCAGCUCUGUCAGCAGAUGUACUAAUCCAGUGUUGUAGGUGGUUAGUAUUUUUAAGACUGUUAUUUAUUUGACAAAAAAGUAUUUAUGGCUGUACUGUACUGUGUAAACGCGCUCUUUCAUGUGCCAAAACUGUAUUUACGAGUCUGACUUUGCCAAGAUCGUCUCUCUGUUGCUGCAGCUUUUCACAAAGCAGGUUUUCGAAAUGUACAGUAAACCUUUAUUUAUGCAUAAUUCAUAUUCGUUUUGUUACAGUGCCUUUUCCCCCAAAUAUCAGUGUUAAUGCUGGCGUGUGGGUGGUGGUGUUCUAUUAUCAUAGGCAGACUUUGCAAACAGCAUGUCCUGCAUGCUGCAAGUAGUCUCACGUUACGGCCGCUCAGUAUUUUGAAAGCCUCGUGACGAGUAGCCGAUAUAGCAGCACAGUCACUAUAAUGUGAUAAGGCCAAGAAUAUCGCCAACCUAAAGGAUACCGAAUGAGGAAGGGGAAGACAAGAGCGAUUUGGUGUCUUUAUAUGGGGAAAAUGUCUCAUUUGGUUCAGUAUAAUGCAUUCUAUAUUUGAAUAAAAGAGUGCAAAUGUCCAGAUUUGUGUCUUUCCACAAAUACAGUGGCAUCUUAAAGUCUGAUGCUAUUGAAAAUCUGGGAUUCAAUUCGAAAAAUCUUUCCAACUCCAAUUCCAAUGGUUACAACCAGUCUCUUAUGCUAACCACAGCUGCGUUUAUUUGAUCAAAAUACUGUAUAAACUGCUGUUAUAUUGUUAACUAUUACAAUUUCAGUAUUUUAAUAUAAUUUAAAACGUAAAUGUCGGUCUCAGACUUUUGGAUCCCAAUGUAUAUAAUAAAUGCAAUGUUAUUUCCCCCAGAUUUACAAAUAUUGCAUAUUCUCAUCAAUUUUGGAUAUGGGAUAUUAAUUUUGCAUUGCGUAAUUUUUACAAUUGCCAGUGACUCUAAAAGUCAAAAAUCUAUGCACAUCAGCGAUGAUCUCACAUAAUGUAUGAGGAAAUGGGAUGUGCCAAUGAUGGGGAUUUUGUUACAUCACAGUUGUUAAUUAUAGUCUUUCCCCAUUUUAAAAGCGCAAUGCCUUAUUUUUUUUCUCAUGAUGUGAAUGCGGUUCUCAUUUACUCACCUUCAUGUUACUCGAAACCAGUAUGACCCCACUUUUAUAGUAUGGACAAAAAACUGAAUUCUUCAGAAUAUCAGUAAUUGACAACAGAAAUAUCAUUUUUGGGUGAACUAUUCCUUGACGUUCACAUUCGUGCCAAAAGACAUUGUUCAUUCAGAAUGUGUUUUGCUCUUGACUGUGUUUUUGUACUUUGUAUUAAAAGGAUUUUCAAAGGGUUUGAGCACUGAACUACUUCUGUGUUUUUGUCCAGUAGAAAGGAAAGAUCAUGAACGUGUGCAUCACUAGAUUUAAUGCUGGUGUGCAGUUUUAUACACUUUUUGCCUGCAGUAUUUUUUAUUUGUAUUUUUUUCUCACAGGACAUUUUGUAAUUGUUGCUGUUUUGUACUAAAAAGUGAACAUAAAUCAUGGGAACACAUGGGUGUAACAGCUCUCAGUACAUGAUAAAGUGCCUUAUCUUUAUGUACUUUUCAGAAUCAUCUUUGUACAGGCAACUUAACUGAUAAACCUAAGUGAGCUGACUCUUUUCAGACCUAAUUUUGCAUAUCAUUUACCUCUACUGCUGAUCUUUUGUGCAAGUAAGGCUUUUUACUGGAUCAUUUAAGACCAUUUCCACACUGUGUACAAUACUACAGUGAAUCUUCUACCUAAUGUUCUUGCAUGUAGUAAUGUUUAUGUCAACAUCUGAUGAACAGCUAAAUGUGAUUGCUGUCCUGUGGUAUUUUCUUGCUAUUUUAGAAAGCGGUUUUUUUUUUUUAUGCAACUUUUUUUGUGGAUUUAUAACACAAGCAUUGGGCUUUAAUCUGAUAUAAUGUGAAUAAAGUACUUUUCACAUCA